AUGCCGCCCUUCGUUCCUUCCAAACGGCGGGCGUCCAGCCCUUUACGCGGAGCUGCACCUAAGGUCGUGAAAACCAGUCUGUCUGGAACAGCUGACAGCACUGCCCAAAAGGCAACACUGAAGGCCAACAAAGCUUUCGUCGACUCUUUAAACGUUUCCGAAGAUGAAAGCGGGCUUUCGGACGUGAGCAGCACUCAAUUUGAGGAUGCGCUGUCACCACAGCCGUCCAAACCUGGGCACCAAAACCAAGAUGACGAGGAGGAUGACAUAGAUUGGGAGAAUGCCAUCAAUGAAGAGCCCCAAGUCGAUUCAACUGUCGUUGCAGCAGCUUCUGCUCCGUCAGAUAACCUCGAGAUUUCAUUUGACCAAAACAACCAGCUCGGCUCCUUGAGCAAUCCUUUCGACAGAAAGAAGGGUCCUAAUAAAAUAGAGCGACAGAUACGAACGUCUACACAUUGCAUGCAUGUUCAACUCUUGUUGUUUCACAACCUGCUCCGGAAUGGCUGGGCCUGUGAUCAAGACGUUCAGCGCAUUCUCGUGGCCCAGUUACCAGAGGUGUUGCAAAAAGAAGUGAGACGCUGGAAAGCUGCCUGUGGUGCAAAGGUUCCAGAACGCCAGAUUGAAAAAAGCAAAGCGAGAAAAGGCCGAAGAUCUGCACAUGGUCAAAGAAACCAGAGAGACUGGGGCCGGCCUGCGGAAAAGCAAGAAGUGGGGGUGCCGGAUUUGAGCCAUGGUGAUCCUGUAAUACGCCUUCUCAAAGCAUUGGUUGCGUACUGGAGGAAGACAUUUACCAUAACCAAGCCAAGUCUUCGAAAGCAGGGAUACAAGCCUUUGGCAGCCCUAGAAGAUGAAAUCGCUGCUUGGAAGAAGGAGAAGACGGAUUGGGAGGCAUACGGAGCAUGUGUUGAGAAUAAAGCGGCCUUCCAAGGUCUCGCAAGAAUUUGUGAGGGCGACAAAGAUGUUGGCGUCCAGCUCUUUACGGCUCUGGUCCGUGGUAUAGGCCUAGAGGCGCGCUUGGUUGCAAGCUUACAGCCCAUUGGUUAUGGCUUCAAUAAAGAUGAAGAGGCAGCUACCAAGACGAAAAGAUCUAGAGAUACCGUGCCCAAAGGCAGGACGGCUGAUCAAAUUAAAGUAGAUGAGGAGAAAGAACAGGAGGAUCCGACAGAUGCACAGAACAUCGUCCGGCGGAGGAUCAAAGACCCACAAAAGAAACCACGGAAAGAAAAGGGAAGCAAACAAACUCCUAUCAAGGUUUCUGAAGACAGCGAAAUUUCAGCUUCCUCAAGUCAAGAAGAAAGCGAAGAUAGUGAGCCAAUCGAGACUCCACGGAGACGGCCGAAUUCGAAGUAUGACCGAGAUAUGCCAACCCCAACCUACUGGGUUGAAGUCAUCUCGCCCAUCACCCACAAAGUGUACCCAGUUGAUCCAAUGUUGCUUACGCCCUCAGUAAUCACCAGCGAGGAACAACUCAACCAAUUUGAGCCAAAAGGCGCAGCGGCAUCAAAAGCGAAGGAAGUCAUGGCGUACGUCGUAGCGUACUCAGCUGAUGGAACUGUGAAAGAUGUAACUACGAGGUAUCUGAAGCGCCAUGUGUGGCCAGGCCGCACCAAAUCCAUGCGAAUGCCCGUCGCAAAGGUUCCUGUUUACAACGCUAAAGGCAAAAUUAAGCGUUAUGAGGAAUACGACUGGUUCAAAACGGUCAUGAGCUGCUAUGAGCGUCCUCAAUCUAAACGAACUGCGGCCGAUGAUGUUGAGGAAGCGAAUGAGCUUCGGCCCGUAAAGCCAAUUAAGAAAGAAGCGAAAGCCGGAGAGGAGACCUUGCAAGGAUACAAGACUUCCGCUGAAUUUGUACUCGAGCGCCAUUUGAGGCGGGAGGAAGCUUUGCGACCUGGUGCAAAACCUGUCAAAGUGUUUGUCUCGGGUAAGGCAGACAAAGCUCGAGAGGACCCUGUAUAUCUUCGCGAGGACGUUGAGAUCUGCCGCACUGCGGAGAGCUGGCACAAGGAAGGGCGGGCUAUAGGGGAAGGCCAGCAACCCAUGAAGAUGGUGCCCGUUCGAGCUGUCACUACGAAUAGGAGAAGGGAGGUGGAGGAGAAGGAGAAAGUAAAUAAUGAGCGCCUACUGCAAGGAAUUUAUGCCUUGCAGCAGACCGUCUGGAUUAUACCACCACCGAUACAGAACGGUAUCAUUCCUAAAAACGCUUACAACAACAUCGAUUGCUUUGUUCCUUCAAUGAUUCCGAAAGGCGGAGCUCACAUACCAUUUAGAAACACUGUCAGAAUCUGCAAACGUAUGGAGAUUGAUUAUGCUGAAGCAGUGACCGGCUUCGAGUUCGGGCAUCGAAUGGCGGUGCCUGUUAUCACGGGCGUGGUGGUCGCAAAGGAGAACGAGCAGGCUGUCUUCAAACAAUGGGAGAAGGAAGAAGUGGAGCGGAAAUUGAGGGAAGAAGCCAAGCUUGAGAAACAAGCGCUAGCCACCUGGAGAAAAUGGUUAAUGGGCCUGAGGAUCAUAUACAGAGUGAUGGAGGAGUAUGGAAGCAAUGCCGAGGGGCAUACUCGAGAUGAAGUGAAUCCCUUCACGAAUCAAAAGAAGUCUGAAAAGGCGUCAAAGUCGAAGGAUAGCGCUGGGGAUCACGCUCUGCAGUCUGACGCAGACCCUAAUCCAGUUGUCAGUGAAGAUCAGCUGGGUGAAGAGGACAUUGGUGGUGGUGGUGGUGGUGGCGGUGGUGGCUUUCUGCUGGCAGAUCAUGAGGAAGAUGAGAAGGUGGCAGAGUCUGAACUUACAGUCGAAGACGGAUCCUAUCCACAACACGAGGAUGUUACACUUCAGCAUAGGUUUUCUCCACAAUCCAUGACUAGUGGCCUAGUAACAAGGGAAGAGAGUAAGAACGGUUUGUCGGUGGGCGAAGACAUACAUGUAAGGAAACAAAACAGUGUGGAGACAUUCUAUGACCCCGAGUCCCUUACAAAUGAGGUAAAUCCACCGAGACAUACCCAAACAAACAAUGGUCGUAGAGGCCGACCCCCUGCAACACCCAAAACGAAAGCUGUGACAACGAAGAAAGGGCCCCCAAAGCGCAAGUCCGCUCGACUGAGCGCCGGGGGCCCGGUGAAUGAUUUCUCUGAGGAUGAUGCAGACGAAGGCAGUGGGAAGCGCGUCGAUAGCAAUGUCUCAGAGCUUACUGAUGGGGACACAAUGCCAACGAGGAAAAGGGUAGGAAGACCUGCUGCCACCAGGAAGAAUGCAAGAAAAACGAGCUGA